AUGAGCAAAUCCUAUACAAAUUUACCUACCCUUCCAAGAUCAGGUGCUUCAUCAAGGGCAUCAGUUACAUCUCGUCCUGCAACAAAACUUGUGGUAGGUCCAAGUUACGAAAAAAGACUAAUUGAGCAGCUUUUACGUGAAAAAGAAGAAUAUACAAGGAUUGCGAAUCACUUAAUAGAACAAACGUCAUCAAUUUUGGAUUCUAAUGAUUCUUUGCAGAGUGAAUUAGAAGCGACUUCACAAAGAUAUCAACAAUUACAAGAUAUGAUAGAACAAUAUAAGAAACAGAGAGAUUAUAAUGUCAAGAAAAAGGAAAAUGCGAUGUAUAAAUUAAAAAGAUAUAAUGAAAAAUACUUAGAAAGUCUAAAUGGACAAUAUCAAGAAAAUAUUCACAAUAAAAUUGCACAAAAAAGAGCUGAAAUUGCUGAUCUAAACGAUAAAUACCAAAAAUAUGAAGUUGAAUAUCAAAAAGAGCAAGAUACAGUAAAAUUAAUCAUUGAUUACAACAUGGCCUCAAAAGAUUUAAUACAAAUGAAUAAAGAACUUACAGAAGAAGCUCUUAGACUCAUGGGCUUGUUUGAAGGAAGAAAAAAUAAUUUGCCACAAGGAUAUUUAGAAAUUAUAACUUUAUUACAAAGAAGAAUGAUGAUGGCACAAAACGGUAAUGAUAUUUUAGCAAAUGAAAUAGGUUAUAGUGAUUCUUCAAUGCAAGAUGAUAGAUUUAUGCAAUUAAGUUUACAAUUACAAACUUUAAACCCAUAUUUUGAUGAUUUGACGAACAUUUUAAAUAAUCCAUCAAGAAUUGCUUCAUCCAGAUCAUCCGUUGUGGCUUCAAGCUAUUUUAUGUCGGAACAUGAAUCAGAACCUCAAGUUCCAAAGUCACCGAGGACGAAAGCGUUAAGCGAAAAUACAAUUGCAAGGAAAAAUAAUAUUAAUGCUCCAAAAUGCCGUUCUUCAAAUCCAAGAUCUACAUUAAGAAGAGCGAAAGAAUCGGCAAAAGGCAAAAAUAACUCGGAAUUUAAGUCAGAACCCGGUGUCUCUGAUUAUGAACUUGGAGAUUCAGCUUCAAUGGUCGAUGAAUGGGAUAAUGAUCAAAAUUCUUCCAAAAAACGAAGAAAAUCUUCAACAGCACAAGAUGAAAUGGAUAGUUUAACUGCCAGUAUCAUAAAAGGUAGCAAAGCUCCAACUCCUAUGAUGUUUGACUCUUCAUCUGAAACUUAUUCCAAAAGUAAACGAAAAUCUUCACAAAAAGCAGAUGAUCCAGAAACCAAACAGAUGGUUCCCGCAUAUAUUGAUGCAAAUGGCAACGUAAUUUACGAAACAGAUACAAAUUACCAGUCAGAACGCGAACCAGUUGUAAGGAUGCAACAAAAUGAUCAUAAUGGACAUCCAAUGUUCACAAAAAAUGGAGAUCCAAUAUUUGAUGACAAUCAAUUACCAAAUCAAAUGAAAGAUGAUAAGAAUGGACCACUAUUUAAUAUCCAUGAUGAACCUAUAUAUGAUAUUUCGCAGUAUUUGGUUCAGAAAUAUGAUGAAAAAGGAAAACCAGUUUUAGAAGAACCAUCAGUUUCAAACAUCAAAAGAGACAAAAACGGAAAUAAACUCAAAGACAAAAAUGGAGAUUUUGUUUAUGAAAAACCUUCAUUCAAAACACAACAAAUUGAUCAACAUGGAAAACCAUUAUUUGAUGAAAACAACAAACCAAUAUUUGAAGAGAAUGAAGAUAAUGAAGAUAAUCAGUUUAAAGAUCACAAUGGAUAUCCAAUUUAUGAUUUAUCGAAGAAAUGUAUUUUUUAUGGAAAUUCACCUCCGAAACAGAAGAAAGAUUUAGAAGGUCAUCCAAUUUACAAGAACGAUAAAGUUGUUUAUUGUGAAGAUAAUUAUUUGAUUCCAAUUAUUACAGAAGACAACGAAAUUUUAUACAACAAAUUUGGUCAACCAAUUCUUAUUUCACCAGAAAUUGUUGACAUCAACACAUGUGAUCAUCAAUCAAUUGAUCAUUUAUUAAAUGAAAUGUUCAAAAAGAAUGGAACUCCAAUUUUACAUGAUUCUGAAUUACCAACCCAACUUUGCGACAAACAUGGUCAUCUUUUCUUCACAAGCGAUGGUUCCAUCAUCUUCAAUCCAACCGAAUAUCUCAUUCCAAAACAUAAAAAUAACAAAUCUAAUGAAGAAAAUGGAAAUCAUAAUCAGAGUAAUCCUGUUAGAAAUGGUAGUGAUAAAAGUAAUACUAAUAAUGAUAAUAGUAAUGAUUUAGUUUAUGAUAAUGAAGGAAAACUAGUUCUUGUUUCUCCUCCAAUGAUUGAUACAGAAAAUAUUGACAACAAAGAUAUUUUAGUUCAGAAACUUGAUAAGAACGGCAAAUUAGUUUUUGAUGAUAAAGGAAAACCAGUAUUAUGUUUGUUAUCAGAAAAUCAACCUAAGACAGAUCUUCAAGGUCGAAUUGUUUAUGAUAAAUCAGGAAAUCCGAUUUUUGAAGAUAAAUCAAAUGAAAAUAAAGAAAAAUUAAAUGAUCAAGAUAAAAAGAAAGAUGAUGUUGAUGAAGAUGAGCCACAAUUUGUUCAGAAAGUUGAUUCAAAAGGAAAUUUGCUGUUUGAUGCAAAAGGAAAACCAAUUUUAGAAGAAAUUAAAACAGAAAAAUCCAAGAAAAAGAGAAGGAAACAUAAACAAAAAUCAAAACAAAUGAGAGAUCACAAUGGAAAUCCUAUGUUUGAUUUAGAAGGAAAUCCAAUUGAUUCCAAAGAAAAUGAGCCAAAACAAAAAUUAGAUGAUGAAGGAAAUCCUAUUUUUGAUAAAGAAGGAAACAAAGUUUAUGAUGAAAAUGAGUAUUUGAUUCCAACAUUCGACGAAAACGGAAAAAUAAUUUUGGAUGAAGAUGGAAAUCCUAUUUUGCAAAAGCCACCAAUUUAUCAAGAUAACGAUGAAUAUUCCGAAGAUGAUGAACCGAAGAAGAAACAUAGAAGAAGGAAACUAAAAUCUCCUAAGAAAGAAGAAGAUGAAGAAAUUCGAGUGAAACCACCAGAAAAAUCCAAUAAAAAUUCAUAUAAAAGAAGAAGAAAAACUAAAGCUGAACCAAAGAAAUACAAAUACGCGAUAAUUAGAUUCAGAAAUGGAUUCAAGAAGAGAAACAGAGUUCAUUUAACAGGAGAACAGAAAGCAUUGUUAAGAGCAGCUCCUGAAUCAAUGCCAAAUAUUAAAUUGAUUCCAAAAAUCAAAAAUGAGGAUGAAGAAAAAGAUGAAUUAUUGAGAACUCAUCCAGAAUUCAAAGAAGUUUUCAAUGAAGAAGAAAUGUUGAAUGAAGAUGAAAAAUUAAUGAUGUCACCACCACUUUCUCCAGCACAGAUCAGUUUGAAUUCCAGUUUAGAGGAUCUUUCCACUCCUGUUUUCAUUUCUCCUUCAUCUCCUUCUCCACAAGAUUUCAGGAAACACAUCAUCAAAAGAGCUCUUUCAAGGAGAUUAAAGAGAACUAGAUUACUUUGUAUGAUUACUGAUUCCGAAGUUGUCAAUAAGAGAUUGGAAGAAGACAUAAGAGACUUCCAAGCACAAAUUAAAUUGCUUGAAUUCGAAGCGAAAUUGAAUUCAGAAAAACUGAGAUUUGAUGAUUCUUUGACAAGUCUAACACUUAAUAAUGUUGACAACAAAGCUCCAACAAAAAGUGUUGGAACUGAUCCGAUUUUAUCUCAAAGAGAAAUUGACCAAAAGAAAGAGAAAAUUCAUCGGCAAAAACAUGAAUUGGCUCCAGAAAAAUUCAGCAACAAUGAGAAGAGAAGACAAUUGCUUGAAAUGCAGACAAACGCAAAGAGUACGAAAUUGUUUGAGAUGCAACAAAAGAAUAAUGGUUUGGAAGAAACAAUUUUAACAAUGAAAGCUGAAAUAGAAAAAGUUAAAAUGAGAAGAGAUCCUUCUUAUGUUUCCAGCGAAACAGCUGCGCGUGUUGAUGUAGAAGACCAACUUAGAGCGAAAAGAAGAGAAUCUUUGUUACUUGAAAAGAAGAUUCAAGAUUCAGAACCAAUGUUGAAAUCUCUUGCAAUUAAAGUUAAUGAUUUGAGAUUUAUUUUGGAUAACAAGAACAAAGAACUUGCUGAAGGACAGAACAGAAAGAAACCUGAUGUUCCUAAACUAUGGAAACAACUCGAGCAGAAUAAGAAACAAAAUAGUAUCGAGCAAGACAAAUUGAAACAGAUUUCACAAGAAAUAGAAAACAUUGAUAAAUUGAUUGAAGAUAAAAAGGAUUCGAUUGAUGAAGAAGAAAUACAGAACAUUACAGAAGAAAUCGAACAAUAUAAACAACAGAUUUGGAGCUCUAAAUCAGCAUUUGGAAAGAGAAUGAAGAUUGAUAUGAGUUUGAGAAAAGUUCCUCUUUCUUUACCACAAGAAAUGAAAGAUAUCGAGUUCAGAAUUCAAAGCUGUGAAAGAGAGAAAUCUCUUGUUGAGAAGGAAAAGUUGAAGAUCAAAGGUGAUAUCGAAAAACUAAAGAGAGCUCUACCCCCACAAUUCAAGAGCUUUUUUGCAAAUAUAUAA